CCAAAAGAAGCAGCAAAAACUUGUGCAAAGCAAUUGUCAAUUCAUCAUCCAUGUCCGUUCGGUGCUUGAUAGCAGCAUCAAUACCAUUCCAAUAGCUAACAAUAAGUGAGAAAACUGAAAAGACCAACGGCAGCAAAAAGGAGGAGAGGGACGACAUUUGCGGAUAUCCCAUCAGCUUGAAAGCUAAGCCCCAACCAAAGUUUCCAUCAACAGUAGCAGCAGCAGCUGCGGGAAGACGCAACCUCAUCGUGUCAGCGUCGUCACAGUCGUUGUCGUCGGACUCGUCAAUCACAACGUCAGAAACAAAGCUAACAACAACAAUAACAGCUACAGACAGAACCAUUUCGUUAAGAUUGUUCAAACGAUACAAGUAAACCAUCUUGCCGCAACUGUAACAGCCAAACGCAGCAACUACACAGACGUGGUUUUCACACAUAUUUCUUGGUGAUUAUUUACAAGAAAUCCAACGUGCAGAGCCAGCAGCCAUCUCCAUUCAACAGCUCACAGUACCUAAGAUAUAACAGUUAGCCCGACGGCCAACAAAAGUGAAAAUUCGUUUGGUCUCUUGGUUCGCAACACAGCGCCACUCCGUUUUGCUUUAUUUUCGGUGGGCAAAAUUUCACACACCAAAAAUGCCUGUGGGUGGGCGCACAGCCGGCAAAUACGGUUAUUCCGACAACAGUUACUACAGUGGUCACUCCUACAAAAGCAUUAACGAUGAAAUUAUUUGGGUGAGCAUCGGCAUGGGCGUCACCAUAAUUGUCCUAAUAACAAUCGCACUCUGCUACAUCGCUUACGAAAAGUGUCACAAGAAACGCGAAUAUUACAUUAAUGCAUAACGCGACAUGCUGCGGUCCAUGUCAAACGACGUUUUAGAAACGGUGAAUUUUAAAUGCACUUCGCACCCAUUUUUGAAAAUGAACGCCACCACGCCAUGCAAUACACGAAAGGCACCUAACACAUUCAAUGGCAGCGAAGUUGCAACAACGUAACCAAAAACUAUUUGCACGGCGUAAGUGGGCGAACUAACGGUACAUCGUGCUUGUAAUAAGCACAGGAAGAAGAAUAAGUAGCGGAAGCGGAAAGAGAAGAUAAGACAGCACGAAGAAACGUCGAAUGAGUAACCGAAAGUAAAAUAUGUAUGUAUGUACAUAUGUGGAUGAGAGUGUGUGUGGGGGAAAAAGAGAGAGGUGUACAGAGGAAAAAAACACAACCACAAACCGCCUUCAAUUACUAUAACAACACCAUGCACCACGGAAUGAAAAUUAUCACAGCACUUUUCGCUUCACUGAGAGAACUCUAUGAACAUAUGUACAUACAUACAUAUAUA